AUGAGAUUUAUCGCCAUUUUUCAAACAGUAGUCGCACUGAGCGCACUCUGUAUCGCAGAGCGACAUAGCACUUCUGCUGUCAAAAAUCUUGGAUAUGCUACUUAUCAAGGAUAUCAUAACUCUACCUCGAACAUCAAUUCGUGGUACGGUAUCCGUUAUGCGCAGCCUCCAAUCGGACCACUUCGUUGGCAACCACCGCAAGAUAUAGAGGCGGACAACAACUACUCCCCUUCUCGGCCCAUCAAGGCAACAGAUCACGGUCCGGCAUGCAUUCAAGGAUUUCCGGAAUGGAUAGCUGAAGCUGAUCCGGCCUUGGUUACUGAAUAUUCCAUUCCUGGGAGUGAAGACUGCCUCUUACUGGACGUGCUGGCCCCCGCGCAUCCGGUCUCUUCAAGUCUCCCAGUAAUGGUCCAAAUUCAUGGCGGAGGUGCGUGCGAGUAA